AUGCAAGAUUUCACCAUGGGCAGUGGCUAUUACAACAUAGUGGCUGCUGUAUUAUUGGUCAUGAAUUUUGAGAGGACAAGAUCAAUACAGGAUUCCUGUAGUAAAUGCCCAGCUGGGACUUUCUGUGGGAAAAGCGAAGGUCAGAUCUGCAUUCCUUGUCCUCCAAAUAGUUUCUCCAGCACCAGUGGACAAAAGUCCUGUGUCAUAUGCAGGCGGUGUGAAGGUGUUUUCAGGACCAAGAAGGUGUGUUCCCCCAUCAGCAAUGCAGAAUGUGAGUGCAUCUCAGGAUUCCACUGCUUGGGGACAGGAUGUGCCAUGUGUGAACCGGAUUGUAAACAAGGUCAAGAAUUAGCCAAGGAGGGUUGUAAAGACUGUCGCUUUGGGACAUUUAAUGAUCAGAAACAUGGCAGCUGUCAACCCUGGACAAACUGUUCCUUGGAUGGAAAGUCUGUACUUGUGAAUGGGACGAAGGAAAGUGAUGCAGUAUGUGGAGCGGCGUUGGCUGACUUCUCUCCAGGUACAACCUCUGCCACCAUGCCUGCCCCUGCAAGAGAUCCAGGUCAUACGCCCCAGAUCAUCGUCUUCUUCCUUGCACUGACAUCGGCUGCUGUGCUGUUCCUGGUGUUGUUUCUAGUGCUCCGUUUCUCUAUCCUUAAAUGUGGCAGAAAGAAACCCUUGUAUUUAUUCAAACAACCAUUUAUGAGACCAGUACAAACUGCCCAAGAGGAAGAUGCCUGUAGUUGCCGAUUUCCAGAAGAAGAAGAAGGAGAAUGUGAGCUGUAAAGCAGAAAUCCAAACCGCCACUGGGCCUGUCUUGAGAAGAAUCACAGGAGAAACAUGAGUGAUCCCACCAUCAUAUCUUUCUAAAUCGAAGACACCAUCCUAGAUAAGACUCAGGAUUACCCCUAAGUUUCCUCAAAAUGUUAGCAGAUUGGCCUUUAAAAAUGUACCCCUUUUAGCACAUGUAUGGGACAGAGCUGGUGGGAAAGGGGCAUUUUCUAGAUAAUGCUUAAUAGGCUUCACUAGUUUGUUUUUGAAAUCCAAAGAGAAUUAUGCUUAAAAUUACAUCAUGUAGCCCAAUGGUCUGGCUAAAAUGACAGUCCAAAAUCAAUACCACUUUUUUGAGCUAAUAGAACAUAUGACAAAAAGCCGUAAGAUGCAAGAAAAACCGCCAACCAAAUUUUCCAUUGGUUCAGAUAUUCAAUACAAUGAGCUCUACUGAUGUGAGGGGGGAUAUUAUGACAGUGCCCAGAUUUGAGGUCAAGCGAAAAAUAGUUCAGAACUUGAGGAAGAGUUUUGGAAAGAGUUCCAAUGUCUUUGCACAUCUUGUGGUCCCCUCCAUCUUCACAUCUCCUGCUUUGUACCGCUCCUCUCUGAACUGGGGCUUAUGUUUUGGUUCUUUGUUGUUGUUUAAAGUUUUUUUAUUUAUUACUGAAGUGUAA